UAUGGAAAACAUAUGGGAAAACAUCAGCACAGCGCUAGAACUAUCGCCAGAGACAUCGGACAGGUGGUUGUCCAAACUUCGCACGCAGUACGCGCAAAGUCAUCGUCACUAUCACACCGAGUCCGAGUUGAUCCGUCGAAAAGUUCCCCAUUUAAUAGGUGCCAGCAUAUGUCUACAAUUGGCUACACUCUUUCAGUACUACCACUUCGAAGCGGACAAGGAUUGUGUUGCACGGAAUUGCGAAGCAGUAUGCGAAUUCUUUGCGGUUGUGCAGCUUGAAAAUAAAACUUUAGAAGCAAAUGUAAAGCGACUGCUGGGGGACGUACAGACGGAAACAGGCGAUCUGUUGGAAAGUGACGUUCAGUACUUCCAAGAUCUGGAUUUGUUAGUGCUGGGCACGUCGCCUGAAGAUUACAAGCAGUACACCCAGCAGCUUCGCAAUGAAUGCCCUGUUGAGGAUGUUAAUUCAUACGACAAAAUGCGUUUGAAGCUGUUGCAAACGCUGAACCGCAUACCGAGUAUCUACACUACGAAGGAAUUCUGUGAUCGAUACGAAACUAUUGCACGUGCUAAUAUUGAGCAGGAAAUCAAGGAUUUGCAGUCGAAGUAAAUUUUUAUAGAAAUACUCACCUUCUCUAUGUAAGUAAUAGCGCUCUCGCCGUUGCGUGUUCAAUGUUACAACGGUUCCACGCUGAUUAAAACUCAUGAACGAUCGAUUAAGCGUUGGUUGCGAUUGGAAUAAUUGAUUAAUGCAUUUGUUGCUAAAGUAGUAUUAACAUUGCGAGUGCAAAAGCACAGUAGAAACUAAAACGGAAUUUGUAUUUAUGUGCGAUAGCUGAAAAAUCACUUUCUGUGAACAAUAAAGAAGCGAAGUAAACAAA